AUGGCUUUAAUCUUCCUCCUCAUCCUGACGUUCCUGUGUAUUGCGGGCCGAGAGGCCCUCGACCUAUCUGACUGCGGAGCUUACGCUAGAAGACCUGAAUUCACUGAUAUCGCAGUGAUGUGCGGCACAUCCUCAAUCGACUUGGCUAUUCAGAUCUGCCCAGCUAUCUACACCGGAUACAACGAGAGUUUACUGAUCCUGAACCACAUAUGGGGCAAUGUGGACUGUCAGGGGACGCUGGAUGCCUCGGUGGCUCCUCCUGUAGUGAGAUUCAGCUUUCCCAUCAGAGAAGGAAACGCCUGCGGAAGUACCUUCUUGACCACGAGCGCACCGGGGACGGGAAUAUUCUCCGACUUCUCCAACAUCCAGACGGUCAACGUGAGCGGGGUGGUUCGGUCCUCCGACCCAACCAUCGGCACCAUCACCUACAACGCAGAGCUCAAGUAUUACUACUCAUGUGCUUAUCCACUCGAGUAUCUCAUCAACAACACCCAGGUGGAUGUGUCAUCCUCUUCCAUUGCUUUGAAGGACAACAAUGGGAGCUUCAUCAGUACUCUCAGCUUGACUUUAUACCAGGAUAUAAACUACACCAUGCCCCUCAUCAUGCCACCUCGGGGCAUCGAACUGAGGAAAAAUGUUUAUGUGCAGGUGGUUGCAUCCAAUCUGACAUCGCAGUACUUUGUUCUUCUGGACCGGUGCUACGCCUCGGUGUCUCCGCAUCCUUCCAACUCCACCUUCUUUAAUCUUUUCGUCUCGUGCUCCAUAGAUCAGCUGACCACCAUGCUGGAGAACGGGGAUAGCCAGAAGGCUCGUUUCUACUUCCCAGUGUUCCGCUUCAUCGAGCAGCAGAAUGAGACCAUCUCCACCUACUAUCUGCACUGCAUCACCCGACUCUGCGAGCAAAGCACCUGCAACACCUUCAAGCAAUGCAACAGGAACAGGAGGAGCGUGGAGACCACUGUCGUCCAGGAUAGCGUCACUAAGCCCUCUGUGCUCACAGUGGCUAUAAAGGCCAAGACAGAAGAUCCCAUUCUCUCCAAAGAAGAGGCGCUGUCUGGUGGCCGGUCUGCUGGCAAGGGCGCCUCUGUCGGCCUGGGGAUUGCCGUGGCCAUCCUCAUUGUGAUAGGGGUGGCAGCCAUUUUGGUGGCGACGACUUUUUAUCUAAAACUGAAGCGGCUAAGCUAG